GAUCCAAAUCAGAUCUCAUCGAUCGCGCCAUUCUCCCCCACGACAAAUCUCGAAUUCAGGUCGAACCGGCACCCGCUCUCAUCUGGAAAAAACAGCCAUUUUCGGACAGCAGGCAGCGCCCACCCGCGCUCCUGCAUGCACUCGAUGCCCAUCCGCAUCCCAGGAAUCCCAAAAGCGCAACUUCUUGCGAGCACCGCAAUCAUCAGCCGAGCAGUCUCUGCCCGACCCCCACGGUCGCUCUUCCGCCUCCACAGGAUGAGCAGCAGCAGCAGCAGCACCAGCAGCACCACCCCGGGCCCAGUUCCCGGCGGCCCAACAGCUGCACCAGGCACCGCGCCAGCAGCCACCGGCGCCAGCCCCGCACUGGCCGCGAGCACGUCACCGCUCCCCGGUAGCUCACCAUCGGCUCCCAUCUCAGCGCAAGCCGGCAACAGCCAGCCAGCCGCUGCCGCUGCCGCUGCUACGGCGGCUUCUCGGGGUGCAGCACCCGCUCCCACCCCUGAGGAUUCGCAGUCAACCUCGACCGCCGCCGCCGUUGCAACCCCCAGCGCGGGCAACGGCGAUGGCGCAAUCCCGCCCUCAUCAUCAUCCACCCCAGCUCCCCACAACAACAACGGCAACGACAACGACGACCACGCCGCGACGAACCCCAACCCAGGAGACCAACCCGAUUCCAGUUCCAAUUCCAGCCCCAAAAAACCCCUCCCGGCCCUGCCCCCGGCCCCCUCCGCCGCCGAGGGAGGCGCCAGCGGGAUGCGCACGGUGCAGGUGAACGGGCAGGCGGUGGCGCUGGACAACCUGGGGCCGAUGGUGGUCGGGCGGGACGGGACGGUGUCGCGGAUCGCCAACUGGGCGCAGAUGACGGAGCUGGAGCGCGAGAACACGCUGCGGGUGCUGGGCCGGCGCAACCAGCUGCGCCUGGCGAACCUGCGGGCGGGCCUGCCGGCGGAUGCGCAGCCGGCGGCGGCGGACGGGGGGAAGAAGGGGAAGGCGGGAACGGGAGGGGAGGCGUGAAUUGGUUACUUGAAUUUUCGGUUGUGGUUGAGGGAGCGCCUUUUGUUGUCUCUGCGUUGGAUGAGUGUAGAUGGUGGUAUAGCUGUCGGGGAGAAGAUGAUGGACGUCGUGUAGACAGGAUAGUUAAUUCGAGGUGCGAUCGAUUUUACAAGUUGAUGUGACUAUCGGCGGUUUGUUUCCCUUCAGAUGUCAUCCGCUGAGUGAAACAUGAUCCGGAGUAAAACAGCAGCAAAAAUCAACCAUAUAUCAACCACAUUGCCACGCUGAGAUGAAAAAUCGCAAAAACUCCUCAGAUCGUGAUGGUAUAUUGUGGGCCGAGAAGCACGCAAACAAUCA